UUCCCAGGCAGCGGUUGUUGCAACAGCGAAGCGAAGGGCAGCGAGGGCUGCCGCCGCUCCUGACAGCGCACCACUUGUAGGUUGCUCUCUGAGCCUCGGGUGUGUUUCGUGUCGGUUUUAACCUCAUCCUUCACCACCCACGUGCAAGUGCAGCCGGGAUUUUUCUCGGAUUUAGGAUUAAGUCGCCUGCUGAGAUAUGAUCUGGACUGGAUUGUUGAAAAUGGAAUUCUGGAGCUUGUUGCAGUCAUAAAAGACCUGAAGCCUGAUCCUAAGCAUGUUCACUCAGAAGUAAGAUUCACUCAGUUCAGUGUGCCUGGACACUUAAAAGCAGGGUUUCCCAGUGCUGGACAGCCUAAAAAAAAAAAUGGAGCCUCGAAUGCCUCACAACAUGACUGUGGUCCCCAAUUCUACCAUGGUACAGCCUCUUCUAGAGAGCCGAAUCCCUUAUGGCAGACUGCAACAUCCCUUGACUAUCCUGCCUAUUGACCAGAUGAAGACCACACAUAUGGAAAAUGACUACAUUGACAAUCCCACACUGGCUCAACUGGUUGCUCAGAAACCUCCCCGGGGCCACCACGAACCCACCCUCCCACCAAGGUGUGAGCAAGAUGUCACCCAUCCGUGGAUCUCCUUCAGUGGGCGACCCAGCUCCAUCAGCAGCAGCAGCAGCACAUCUUCAGAUCAAAGGCUUUUGGACCACAUGGUCCCAGCUCCCGUGGCUGACCAGUCCUCCCCAAGAGCAGUUCGGCUUCAACCCAAGGCAGUUCACUGCAAGCCCUUGGAUCUGAAAGGACUCCCCUCUCUGAAGCUGGACAAGCACUUUUUGCUGUGUGAAGCCUGUGGAAAAUGCAAGUGUAAGGAAUGUGCCCUGCCUAGGACUUUGCCCUCAUGUUGGGUGUGCAAUCAGGAAUGUCUGUGCUCAGCCCAGAACCUGGUCAAUUACUCAACCUGCAUGUGCUUGGUGAAGGGCAUAUUCUACCAUUGCACCAACGAGGAUGAUGAGGGCUCCUGUGCAGACCAUCCCUGCUCUUGCUCCCAUUCGAACUGCUGUGCCCGUUGGUCCUUCAUGAGUGCUCUCUCCCUGGUUUUCCCCUGCUUGCUGUGCUACCUACCAGCCACUGGUUGUGUGAAGCUAUCGCAGCGAUGCUACGAUCGAGUGAGUCGGCCUGGAUGCCGGUGCAAAAACACAAACAGCGUGAUUUGUAAAGCGUCCCCAGAUGGGAAAGCUGACAGCAGACCGGAGAAAUCUUUUUAACUGCUGGAGAGAUGUUGGGAAGUGCAGGAUGGAAAAAGAAAACAGGAAGGGUGUUCUGUCAUCUGUGUCAAAGUAUAACAUAUGUCAGUCUUUUGCAGGGAAGGAAGGAAGGAAGGAAGGAAGGAAGGAAGGAAGGAAGGAAGGAAGGAAGGAAGGAAGGAAGGAAGGAAGGAAGGAAGGAAGGAGAUAUUUUACAGUGCAAGGGCCAAAACAGGCUAUAUGGAGCAAUUUGAAGACAUCUCCUCUCCUAGUCCUGGCAGCUAGAGAUUGCAAGAAUAAUCCAGAAGUAGGCUUGGCAUGUACAUCAGCAGAUGGAAGCAGGACUUCAGUUCAGGGCCACCAUCCAAUUAACAUAUUUAUAGGUUACGGGCAGUAAGGGCUAAGUUUCCCUCAUGGCUUUAACAAGAAUGUUCCUUACCGCCUCAUUUUGUUGUUGUCAUUAUUGUGUCUGUAUGUUGUGAGAGUACUCCUUUUAAAAAUAAUCUUUCUGAAUAUGUAGAAAUCAGUAGCUCUUCUCAGGUAUUAAGCUUCAACAGAGUAUUCAAACUUGAAUAAAGGGUUCAAGAUUGACCAGAUGGGUAGAUUCAGGGAUAGGGCAUUCUGCGCCCUCCCCAUAGAGGUUUAAAUGCCCUGGGUGAGCUUAACACCUGGAUUAGCACUACCUUUAACUCCUGUUGAUUCUACUGCCAUUAAGGCACAGUCUUGAAAGUCUGAAUAACAAGCAAAUAUUCCAAUCUCUCUCUCUCUCUCUCUCUCUCUCUCUCUCUCUCUCUCUCUCUCUCUCUCUCUCUCUCUCU